GGUAUUCAAACGUCAACACAUGCAAGCGAAAAAACGUUUCAAGUAAACACGAAAGGCAGGAAACUUUGCAUAUGGAAAAGGCGUAUCCGAUGCAAAGUCAUGGGCUUCGCAGAUAACAAAGACAUUUGGAAACCAUCGUUGGAUUCGCUUCAGAUUGGUGCUGAUUUCAUGUGGAACGCCCACUUCGACUAAAUGUUCUUCCCUUGUUAGAUUUUGAACAAAAUAUAAAAAACACUGUAGAAAGAUACAGUAACUGUACGAUUUCGAUGAGAACAGUGAGCUCACAGAGGCAUAGUAAAAUGAUUGGUAGUAUGAAUACCUCAAACCAUAAAGAUUUAGAAAAAACGAC